AUGAUUGUAAUCUACCUUUUGAUAAUUGCCAGUGCAUGGCAAAGAGCGGUCGCUGAUUCAGACGCCUGUUCAAGCAGUGUAAUCAUCUCGAACCAAAGCGAUGCGAACAAGCUGAUCAGCUGUGACACCUUUGACGGAAGUAUUACGAUCUCCUCUUCUGCGAGUGGAGUGAUCACCAUCAGUAAUGUCGAGGAAAUCAAAGGCGCAUUCAUUGCUGAGGGUGCCUCAGAACUCACAAAGAUUAUUACCCCUGAUUUGGACAGCGUGCAGGGAGGUGUCACCCUGAGUAACCUCAACUCACUCACAACGAUAUCCAUGGGCGCGCUAUCACAAGUUUCGAGUUUAAUCAUCACGGGGAAUUCGAACCUGAAAACACUGGGGUUCCAAGAAUUGGAAGAAGUUGAAGGACAGUUGGUAUUGACGGGAUUAUUCGACAGGUAUGAUCAUUGCUACAGCCAUCAACAUGCCAUCUUCCACAAAACUGAUCAAUAUGCUAGCGUGUCUCUACCUUCUCUAAAUCAAGUGAAAGGUCAGACAAUAAUCACAGGCAGCAGUUCGAUGUCAUGCAGUACAUUGAACAGCUUAAACUCCAACGACGUCUUCAAAAACGGCUAUUCUUGCUUGAGUGGCUCGUCUGGCCUGAGUCCAGGGGCCAAGGGUGGGAUUGCAGUGGGUGUAAUCGUGGCUGUUCUUCUAAUUGUGCUGGUCCUAUGGUUUGUGCUUCGGCGGAGGCGCCAGAGAAAGAGAGCUGGAGGGACCCAAUCGACUAUUCCACCUUCAUCGACCCCAUCAACUGUCGUGGCACAUGACGAAAAGGCCCCCAUUUCUCAAGGCAGCAUCUCACCUCAAGAAGACCCAUCACCUCCAGCAGACCCGCAGACUCUCUUACCCCGAAAGCCAGUGGGAUCAGCGAUAUGCUUAGAUAGUCGCUCAAUCUACGAGGCGCCGAAUGGAUCCGCUCCAGAUCAGGAAUGUCACGAGUUGGAUGCAGGACCAAUUUUAAGCUCUCAUCAGCGACCAAUCAAUGCAGGCUAA